GGUACCGGCCAUGUUGACAACAAAUAAAUGACACCUCGCAUCAAAGUUACGAAUAAUUGUAUCUCUGCAAACUAUGGCCUUUAGAUUGUAAACUGAAAUGUUUUAGAAAAUUGAUUGUCCAUAUAGUGCCAAUGGCAUCUCUGAGCUCAGGGUCAGCUAGAGAGAGCAAGGCUGGGUUUUGGAAAAAGAACACCAGUGUUCCCGGAAGUAUCAAACCAGUGUAUGGGGCUCAGCAUCCUCCUCCACAAACUGACAUCACGUCACCUGGUUGGCCAGUGAAGAAAGAUGACAAGGGAAAGAGCGGUAAACGAGACCCGUUCCACGAUUUUGAGAACAAGACCUCUGAUGCCUGGGACGAUGGCGACGAUGACCUCAUUCAGAUGGCCAGUCUCAAGAUGUCGCUACGAGAUGUGCAGACGUCGGCCAAGGUGGUCCUAGACAAUCAUAGCAAGAGAGCAAAUUCCCAGCAGCAGCAACAUCCUGUGAGGGGAUCUUCAUCUGCGAACUCUGUACAUACAGAUGAAAGCUCCUCGUCAGCGCAGCAGCAGUCCCAUCCCCCCACUCAACCCUCCCCUCCUCACCACCACCCGAGCGGGCCAGGCCUCGGGGUGAGACUCAACAGUGGGGGCUACCAGCCCCCCAAGAUGACCUCUAUACGAUACGUCACAAACAAGACUCCCGACCGCGAGGCAGCCCGCAUGGAGAAAUUCAAAGCAGUUUUCACCGAGCCAUCGUUAGACCUGACGGAACUUCGUAAACUCUGCUGGUCAGGGAUUCCUAAAUCCGUCCGUCCAACUGCAUGGAAAAUUCUCUCUGGUUACCUCCCCACAGCAGCAGACAGAAGGCAGGAGACUCUAGAACGCAAACGCAAGGAAUACUUCAGCUAUAUAGAUCAGUAUUACGAAACGAGGUAUCAAGACCAGCACGAGGAAACCUUCAGACAGAUUCACAUCGACAUCCCCCGCAUGAACCCACUAAUCCCCAUAUUUCAGCAGCUCAUAGUUCAGGAAAUAUUUGAGAGAAUCUUGUUUAUUUGGGCAAUCCGGCACCCGGCGAGUGGCUACGUACAGGGCAUCAAUGACCUGGUGACUCCUUUCUUUGUGGUGUUCCUCUCAGAGUACAUUGAGAAUGACAUUGAGGUGGAGAACUGUGACCUGGGCCAACUGCCCCAGUCCACGCGGAACCUCAUCGAAGCCGACAGUUUUUGGUGCAUGUCCAAACUCCUGGACGGUAUCCAGGACAACUAUACCUUUGCUCAGCCGGGCAUUCAGAUGAAGAUCAACGCCCUGAGUGAGCUCAUCAAGAGGAUAGAUGCCCCGCUCCACGCUCAUCUGGAGCGGCACGAUGUGCAGUUUCUGCAGUUCUCGUUCCGCUGGAUGAACAACCUCCUAAUGCGGGAGAUCCCGCUGCGCUGCACCAUCCGCUUGUGGGACACCUACCAGGCCGAGCUCAACGGCUUUGCCGACUUUCACCUCUACGUGUGUGCCGCUUUCCUCAAGAGGUUCUCCGAGGAUGCGCUACGAGAAAAUGAUUUUCAGGGCAUUCUGAUGCUGCUGCAGAACCUGCCCACGCUGCACUGGCGGGACAAGGAGAUCAGCGAGCUGCUGGCCGAGGCCUUCAAACUCAAGUACAUGUUUGCCGACGCACCCAGACACCUGCUGCACAAGUCUUGACCACCGCACGGGACUCGUGACGGGAGCUUCACAACGGGGAGUGGGGGGAUUGGGAGGAGGAGGCGGCGGAGGAGGAUGAAAUGGACGAGGGUGAGAGAGGAUUGAAGAAAGGGUGAGAAGGGAGUGUGGAAAUAAUAUGGUUGGCGUAUUAAUCAGAUGUUUUGGGUGCUUGGGGAGGGACAAUUUGGUUCAGGGGCUGGGGGUGGUUUUAUUUUGGAUGUUACAUAAGUGCGUAUUGAGUGCUAAGUGUAAGGCGCCGUCAUAAGUCACUUUUUAUAUGUGGUGUAUAGCGGAAUUUUACACUUAGCAGACGGUGUGUUGUUGUAUGUGUGUGAAGGGAGUGGUGAACGAGUUGAAAGUAAACGGGAGGGGGGGGGGGGGGGGGAGGGAGAAUAAUGAAGAGGUUGAUGUAAAUGAGGUUUUGGGGUGGUGGUUACAAAAGGGAAGGGAUUUUUAAAAAUUACUUGGGGGGGGGUGGGGGGGGGAGGGGGGAUAGGGGGUGCUCUUCUUGUCUCAAAGAAUGGGGAGGGAUAUAAUUUAUAAUUUACCUGUAAUCAUAGGAUGGAUCUGUUUUGAGAGUGAAAGCUCAAGGGCUGGGGUGGGGCAAGGUUAUAGUUGAGAAAAGAAGGAAAUAAUGAUUGAUGGGGGGAAGGGGGGGGGAUAGUGGUGAGAAGAAGAAAAAGAGAUUAUGAAGAGAGAGAAAAAAAAAGAUGAUGGAAGUUGAGGUAUUGGAAGACACUGUUCUCUGUAUAUAAUACAUCAUGCAAGUGUGUAUCAAGUAGGUUAGAAUGUAAGGUUGGUAUGGUCUCUUCCAUCGUGGGAGUUUAUGGGGGUUUGAUGCUUUUUAGAAGCGUCUGCACUUUUUGUAGGGCUUGCUUUAUUUUUUCUGAUUCUCGUUUUUCUUUUAUGAGUAAUGUGAGGAUGGAGAUUGCAAGUUUUGGGGUAGUAGCUAGUUCUCAGGGGAAACAAUGUUAGUCAAUCUCAGCUUUUUUGUGAGCUGGCAAGGAGCUCUGGCAUAGUGCAAUGUGGAUGGAUGUGUGUCAUGGAUGUGUAUCACACAGGUAUGUGUGUGUGUGUUUGGACUUGCGUGUUCGUUUGUGAGCAUUCAGACAUUCUAUCACCCCGUGUCAUAGAAUAGUGUCAUAAUGAAUUUUUAUUUGUGAAAUGAAUUAGAGCACUGUUCGAUGGCUAUGUCUGCGAUGUGAUUCUGUGUGUGUGUGCGUGCGUGCGUGCUUGCGUGCGUGUAUAUGUGAACGAGACGGGUUACUUUUGGUGGGAGUCGCAACCAUGUUACGAGAGUGAAAUAAAGCAGUACUUCUUUGUGAGGUGAAUAUACUUCUGUAGUUGCGUAAAGUCGUUUUCUGGAUGAUUAGGACUAAGGAUGAGUCCAAACUGUACCCUGCUGGACACCCUACGGGACAAACACCAAUGGAUUCUAAGAAGUUAAAGCGCAGCAGUGUCUUGCUUUUCAAAACCAAGUGAGGUGAACAGCUGUCUUCUGAACACGGACAUGAGCGGAUGUUGGCACGCUGGUUUUGAAGGACAGUUCACUCUGUCUCUUUUCAUCCAUCAGUGAUUGUGCUGUAGCAUUUAGUUAGGUAGUACUAAAGAGAAAAACCUUACAAUUAAUGAAUGUUUUGCAGGGGAGUCUCAAAUUUUGUGAUGGUGACUCUGAAGAUGAACGCUAUUGAAAUAGUUUGACUAAGACGCUCUGGAACAAGGAUUCCAGGUACAUGGUUUGACAUAUCCACUAAUUGUAUGGUGUUUGAGGGUUCUCAAAAGCAUGGAUGAGCUUUGCCGAUGUGAGCUGUACAUUGCUUUGUAAUUAAUUGUCCGAGUGGACGACGUUCCUGGAAAAUGGCUGUGCUAUCUCUUCUGUCCGUAAUGAAUGGUGAGCGCUAAUGUUUCAUGAUGUUGUGACUUGCUUGUCAUGGGAGGGAUGGAGAUUGUGUGUACAAGUGUUUGAUUUUCAUAUAGUCACCGUGCGUUGGCUCUAUGUUUUGUUGAGAUGAAGAAGAUUAGUUUUUUUCACUGCGUGGGUGAAUGAAGGGCUUCAGCUGUUUGGUGAUAACUUUUCAGGAUGUUUGCCUGAUAUCAAUAUUUUUUUGGGUCUUAUUUGAAAAAAA